AUGGCAGACCACGGUGUGGCCUCCGACGCGCUGCCGUCAGCAGAGACCCAACUCCAGGUCGCAGACUUGCCAGUGUUUGACCGCGAGGGAAAGGAGCUUCCUUUCAGUGAUGUCUACAACGGUCCCAACGCCACCGACCGGACCCUGAUUGUCUUUGUCCGCCAUUUCUUCUGUGGCAGCUGCCAGGAAUAUCUCGAGCGCCUAUCGGCCGCCGUCACCCCUGACCUCCUUUCGAAAUCCCCAACCGGCACCUCCGUCGCUGUUAUCGGAUGCGGCGACUAUCACUUAAUCGACUUUUAUGCAGAACAGUCGCGCUGUCCGUUCCCCAUGUACUCUGACCCAUCGCGCAAGCUCUACGACGCUCUCGAAAUGAUCAAUACGUGGGAUGUCGGUCAGCAGCCGGGGUACAUAUCCAAGAGCGUGCCUCGCCUGGCCCUUGAGGGCCUGUGGCAGGCAUUGAAGCAGCUGCCGAAGGGGCUGGCUUUCAAGAAUGGCCCACCGCAGCAGGAGGGCGGCGAGUUUCUCCUUGAACCAGACAGCCAAGGCGACAAGCGCGUCACCUGGUGCCAUCGCAUGCAGAAUUCUUGGGGUCAUACCGAAAUCCCUGCGAUUUCCAAGGUUCUUCUCGGACACCAAGAGGCGCAAACAGCUACGGUGCAGGGUGGUGAGGAGUAG